AUGAGUAGCCUACGGAGUCAUCUGCUCAGAGAGCGUGUCGAAAGUGCUAGUAACGGUGAUUCGAUGUUGCAAACAGCCCCUACUCUUGGUAGUGGGAAUUUACACGAUGUAGUGAGACUUCCUGCUGGGGAGGACAUCAACGAAUGGCUUGCUGUAAACAUUAUGGAUGUUUUCAACCAAGUUCGAAUGUUAUACGGAACAAUUAUUGAUUACUGUACAAAUGAAAUCUGCCCGCAGAUGACGGCGGGACCUGCGUACGAGUAUUUCUGGACAGAAAACGACAGAAUCCUUCCCUGCUCUGCGCCGGUGUACAUUGAUUACGUCAUGGCGUGGGUACAGGAGCAGCUUGACGACGAAUGCGUUUUCCCAUCGCAAGUAGGUCGGUUGUUUCCUUGGAACUUUAUGGAAGUCUGCGAAGGAAUAAUGCGGCGUCUGUUUCGAGUGUACGCCCAUGUGUAUACUGCUCAUGCAGGGAGGUUCAGCGAAUUGAACGCGACACCACAUCUCAACACAUCCUUCAAGCAGUUCAUUCUAUUCGCACGCCAGUUCCAGCUUGUUCCUGUGAGAGAACUCGAACCACUUCGAACUAAGAUCGAAGAGUUGGUCGGAGCUUGA